CUUAAGGGACCAGGAGGUACCUGUUUUGCAACCUGUUUUGCAAGGCUGUUCCUGUUACUCGCUUUGCGCAGAUUUUGAAUUUUUUUUGCAAAGACUGUUUCUUUAGCAAUGGCUUUGCUAACAGAGCUUCUGCCUGUCAGCACAGGCAUAUUGCUUGGAGUUGUAUUAAUGUCACUGCUGGUUGUUUAUCUCCUUUCAUCUGACUCUCAACAAGAGUGGAAGGAACCUCCAGGUCCCAAGCCGCUACCUAUCCUGGGAAACCUACUAGAGCUUGAUCUCAAGAGACCCUACCUCAGUCUCCUUUCAAUGUCAAAACAAUAUGGAUCCGUAUUCACUGUGUACUUUGGUCUAAAGAAAGUGGUUGUUUUGGCUGGAUAUCAAACUGUCAAGCAAGCCCUGGUGAAUCAUCCAGAGGAAUUCGGAGACAGAGACAUCAGUCCCAUAUUUUACGACUUAAACGAAGGAUACGAUUAUCAAGUACAAGGAUUUUGUUCAACUACAGGAAUUCUAUUUUCCAAUGGAGAGAACUGGAAAGAAAUGAGGCGCUUUGCUCUGUCCACCCUUCGAGACAUUGGGAUGGGCAAAAGAGGGGUUGAAGAGAAAAUCGCCGAAGAGACACGCUAUUUGAGAGAAUUGUUUGAGCAGUUUAAAGGAAACCCAUUUGAUGCCACACAGCCAGUGAAUUAUGCUGUUUCAAAUAUCAUCGUAGCCAUUGUGUAUGGAAGCAGGUUUGAAUACAGUGAUUCUCUGUUGAAAGACAUGGUUAACCGGGCCAAUGAGAGUAGCAAGCUUAUCGGCUCAGCUUCUAUACAGCUGUACAACAUGUAUCCCUGGCUUCGUUCCUGCCUAAAGAACUGGAAACUCAUCAUGCAAUACCGUAAGCAAAAUAUCAAGGAGGUAAACAAACGUCUGGGUGUUUUGCAGAAGACACUGAGCCCUCAGCACUGCAGAGGCCUGGUUGAUUGUUUUCUUGAACGCAAACAGAAUGCAGAGAAAUGUGGAGAUAAGAACACUCUAUUCCAUGAAAACAAUCUUCUUUUCACUGUUACCAAUCUGUUUGCUGCUGGUGCUGACACAACUGGCACAACCCUGCGCUGGGGUCUUCUCUUAAUGGCCAAGUACCCUCACGUACAGGACCGGGUUCAGGAGGAGAUUGACAACGUGGCUGGAGAUCGUCAGAUAGUGAUGGAGGACAAGAAGAACUUGCCUUACACUGAGGCAGUGAUCCAUGAAAUCCAGAGAGUGGCCAACAUAUUGCCCAUGAGUCUCCCUCACACCACUGCUUGUGAUGUUCACUUUCAGAGAUACUUCAUCAAGAAGGGUACAUGUGUAUUUCCACUAUUGACAUCUGUGUUGAGGGAUGAGAAUGAGUGGGAAAGCCCCAACACCUUCAACCCAGAACACUUCCUUGAUGAGCAGGGACGAUUUGUCAAGAGAGAUGCCUUCAUGCCAUUUUCUGCAGGGCGCAGGUUGUGUCUGGGAGAGAGUCUGGCCAGGAUGGAGCUCUUCCUCUUCUUUACCUCGCUCCUGCAACACUUCCAUUUCAGCCCUCCACCAGGCAUGUCUGAGGAUCAACUGGACCUCACACCAGCUGUGGGUUUAAUCUUAAACCCCUCUCCCCACAAGCUGUGUGCUAUUAGUCGCAGUGCUUAAAGCAGGGCUGGUGAACUGUGACUCUGGAGGGUUGGUGUCCAGUACAGUUUGUUGAUUUUUCUGGUCUUAACCAACAGAGUAAACUCUGUUAUCUGCAGCACUCUAGCCUAGUAAAUAAUUUACUGGCAAUGUUUCAAGUUAAAUUUCAAAGUCCUUUGUCCUACAUGUGGAAAUGAGUAGUUUGUAGAUUAUGGAGUUAGAGCAUGCCAUUAUCAAUUUUAAUUUUAAAGCAAAUUUGAAAUGUUAUUUGAAUCUGUAUCAUGCCAUCUGAAAUUAAAUGUUAAGGUUUGUAAAAUCAUUAUAAAAUCUUAUAUUUAAUUUUAAGGUUCAUUUGAAGAAUUAAGUUUCUAUUGAACACCUAAUCGCAUAUGUGCUCCCCACUCUCUUGUCUUACCUUGUACUGGUCAUAUGAUCAGAAACAACCACACAUAUACACUUGCAAUUAUUGACCUGGUUCUUGUGAGGACUCUGGGUGCAGCGUUGUGGACUUACUGAAGAUUGUUUAGGCUUUUUCUGGAAGAUCCAGACAGCAGGACCUUACAGUAAUCCAACCCUGAGGUAAUAAAUGCAUGAAUUCCCUGAUGAAAAAAAAAGCACUUCAUUUUGUUCAAAAUAUGGUGAGAUUUGUCUAAGUGUAUUGUAAAUAUACUAGCAAUUGUAUGUACUUAUUUUAAAUGUUAAAAAUACAUUCAUAUUAUGGUAUAGUUGGGCUCACCUCAAAACACAGCUUGGGCUCUGGGUCCAAGCUCCUUGAGAGGGGCUGGACUUUAUUCUUUAUUCUUUAUUCAUUUGUGCAUCCGAUCCAAAAGCUGUAUACAAGCACACAUCACACAAUCAGACUGGAGUUGGAACGGUGUUGAUAUCUCAAAAACUGCGGGACGAGUUAUGCUGCAAAGAAAUGGCAGAAAAAUAAGAAUAAAAGAGGAGAAUAAUAUAAAUCAUAUAACAAUAUCGUUGUACAAAUAUAUUUCAAAUGUUCUUUAACUAUAAUGGGGAGAAACAUUUUUCACUUUUAAAAUAUUAUGUUAUGUAAAUGUUAAGUUUACAUCAAGUCAGUAGUCCAGCUCCUGCCAAACACACUUUGUGCCAUGUCCAAAUCUGCUUUCCAGUUGGUGCAUUUUUAUUGAAUUUUCUCAAAAAUGCACACUGCACACUCUUGUUUGACUGUGUUUGAGCAUAUUUUGACACACAAAAUGCCUUUUCAUCUCUAUUGAACGCCUUUCUUAAACCCGGGAAUAAAACAUUAAAAAUUAAA